CCAUGGGAGGAAGCAAGCGUUCUGGGGAUUUGCUGGGUCUGGAGCGCAUCACUCCUCUGGAAAAGAGAUUGCGUGUAUGUAAUGAAGGGGAAAAUCCAACGGAACAAUCUUCUGAUCGUCUGUCAGUCUUGAGCAGGGUCAAAGAAUUUUUACCUUUGAUAGACACGGCAAAUCGCAAGCUUUCUUCGGAUGAUCAGGAGAAAGGCUCAGCGAAACUAGACAUAGAGCACUUGACAAAUGGAGAAGAAGCUCCUCACAUUCGAAUGGACCUGGCACUCGGAGUCACGGAACUUUACACGCCGGAAGCCAUUUUAGCAGCACAGCAAGCAGUGGGCGGCCGCGUCCAAGAUCAACCGGAGCUUCUAAGCGACUCAAGUGAUUCCGCCGAGCAAGACACUGGAGAAGAAGAAUCCGAAGAAGAAGAAGGACCAGAAGAAGUAGAAGAACAAGAAGAAGAGGAGGAAGACGAAGAAGAGGAAGAAGAAGAAGAAGAAGAAGGAAAACGAGACGAUGAAGGAGAAGAUGAAGAAGAAAAUCAAUGAAGACCUCAACAAGAACUGACGAGUCUUCAAGCAAACAUACGUGAUCUAUUCACAAGGAAUGUUUUUACAGAGAAGAUUUGAGAUGGCCACCUUUGAUCCUCCA